AUGGGUCAAGUCAAGAAUUAUGGCGAGCUUAUUAUGGUUUGCCUCUUGCUUGGAAUUAGGGGUGGAGCCCGGGUAUCUGGGGAACAUGAGAUUGUCAAAUCCUGUGUGGCCAAUGAUCGAAAUUCGUGGGUUAUUCUCAUUGACUCAGUUGGACCAUGCUCAUGCAAUAUGUUUUCCAAGAAGGUUACAGCCCGCCCAACAUGGGCAAUGGUUUCGAGCUUGGACUCCAUACUUUUUGUAACCCUCCAGAGUGUUUAUCCUUCGUUUUACGAGAAGGUGGUCUCACUCAUCUCAAAUUGA